GUGGUCUUUAGAGAGUCGGUCAGUGGGUCAGUGUCCGGGUAGGUCUAAGUGGUGAGGAGUGGGACUCCUUGUCGUGCAACUGACACCACCAUGGAUGACUAUCCGAUGUAUGGGUUACUUGUCGGGUUCUCCCUCUGGGGGACCCUUUGGCGUUUCAUGUUCCCGCUGGGAUUUUGGAACACCUUCGCGUGUAGGGUAGAGACGAAGGGUGGCACGACCACACACCCCUAUUCACCUGAAGAAGAGGCCAAGGCCGCCGCCAUCCUGAAAGAGAGAAGGGAGAAGAAGGAGGCCAAGAAGAAGGCCCUCCAGGAGGAGACGGCGGCAAAGUUGAAAAAGAUAGAGGAGGAGAUGGCCAGAGAAAAAGAGAGGUUGAAGAAGGAAGAAGAGGAGAAGUUGAAGGAGGUGGAAGAGGAAGAAGAAGAAGAAGACGAGACGCCACUGCAAAGGAAGAGAGGGCAGCACAGUGGCAGCAAGGAUGAAGAGAUGGAGAAACGGAUUUCGGAGUGGCAAGAGGCCGCUAUGAAGAAAUGGGAGGCAGAAGAAGAUGUUCUGAAGCGGCAGGCGAUGGAAGAUGAAACGAGGAUGGAGUGGAAACUCGCAAUGAUGAGGGAGAAGAAGAGAAGAGUGGAGGCGGCGAGUGCCGCAAUGCAGGAAUUAGCGGAGGUACGGACCUUAACUACACAAUUGACCCCUCAGGUAGACCUCCAACAAAAGGUACAGAUCAUCGCCCAGAGCAUCGAGCGUUUAUCUAGAGUGCAAGAACAACAAUACGAGUUUAGCCGAAGUCGGGAUAUAGCUGUGCGUUCGAUGCGGUUGGGAUUUCGGGACUUUGCCCGCGAACUGGUAGGCGCUGUAGGAGCCGAGGUGAAUCAUCGCCUCGAGAAGACUGAGUGUUUCUGUGUCGGCGCCAUUGAAGGCGUCAAGGUGGCAGCUCCCAAGGAGGAAGAGCCACGUCCUCGUAAGGAGCCGGUCAAAGUCAAGUUCCCUGAUUCCUACAGUGGAAAAAGGGAAGAAAACUUUGACAACUGGGAGGCCAAUGUCAAGACCUAUGUGCAUCUACAACAGGUCUCCCCGGAUCAGCACGUCUUGAUUGCGAUCCAUGCGCUUAGAGAUGAAGCUGCCAGCUUUGCAANGCGCUUAGAGAUGAAGCUGCCAGCUUUGCAAGAGCGACCCAAUUGGUCGGCCUCUUCUAUUGGGAAAGCAAUGGAAAGGCCGCACUUUCUAGGGCAUUUCUUCGCGAAAAGCGAAGAUCCCACCACUACGUAUGAUUCCCUUAGUCGUGAAGUGGUGGCUUUUGAAGCUAAGUCUGCGUCAGUGUCUACUUUCCGGCUCAAAGACUUAGAUAAGGGAAAGCAAUGGAAAGGCCGCACUAUCUCAGGGCAGGUAAAGACCAAGGACAACCUUGUCCUGACCUUAGAUGAAGGUAGUGUGGACGAGAUCCCCUACGAGCAGAUUGAGUGGGGGUUAGAGGAGGAGGACAGCGGUGUGAGCCAGGGGAGGACUUACGCUGCUGCCGCGGCUGGAGGGAGGCCGCAAGGAGGAGGACGAGGCCAGGGCCAAGGGGGCCGGGCCUCAGGGAGCCGGUUUCAGGGCGAUCAGGGGGUUGGCGGCAGAGGAGAAAACCGCCAAGCGGGAGGAAGGGGUCAAGGUUCCCCGCAAAACCGUCCUCGGAAUAGGUCUCCCUAUAGGGUCCUGGAGAAGCUUAGGGAAGCUAACUUCAAGAUCAAUGCAAAGAAGUGCGAUUGGGCGAAGACCGAAGUCUUAUAUCUAGGCCACGUCUUAGAAGGAGACGGCGUUAAGCCAGAAGAUUGUAAAAUCGCAGCGAUUAGAGAUUGGCCCACGCCACGUACGUUGACAGAGUUGCGGUCGUUCUUGGGCUUAGCAAACUACUAUAGGAAGUUCGUGAGGAACUUCUCCACUAUCGCUGCGCCCCUUUGCAGAUUGCUGAGAAAGGAAACCAUUUGGAAGUGGGAUAAGGUCUGCACAUCUGCUAUGAAUAAGUUGAAGCAGGCACUAAUAGAAUAUCAAAUCCUUAAGGUAGCCGAUCCGUCCUUGCCCUUUGUCGUCACUACGGAUGCUAGCCAGUACGGCAUCGGUGCAGUAUUGCAGCAAGACGAUGGCAAUGGUUACAGACCCGUAGAGUUCAUGUCCGCUAGGAUGCCUUCAGAGAAGGUUGCGACAUCUACCUAUGAGAGGGAACUCUACGCUCUCAGGCAAGCAUUAGAACACUGGAAGCAUUACUUGCUUGGGAGGCACUUCAAAGUCUAUUCUGACCACGUGACAUUGCGAUGGUUAAAGACGCAGGCCAAAAUGACACCUAAGCUUACUAGGGAGAUUCCACAACCGGACGACCAGCUCUUGCGAUCGGCUAGACGACCGAUUGCCCACUUGGCUUUAGGACCAGAGAGCGACAUAUAUCUAUUGCGCCAGCGUAAGGAGAGACAGCAGCAGCAGAGGAGAGCUAGAGCAGCAGAGGCUAGCAGGGCGCUCGUAAGCGAAGCCGCAGCUUCGAAAGCCAUGGCCACUUCUGCGCAGCAGACUUCUCAUGCUGGUAGUACAGGGUCUGUAGGGUUAACGGUCGCGCAGACCCAGAGUCAGUCCACUGGCGUUAUGGCAAGCCAGCCAUUAGUGAUGACUCCCGAGGAGGUCGCCACACAGCAAGCUGCUGAUCGCGAGGCACGGCUACAGCAGGUGAUGAAGGAGGAAGGAGGGUUGAGGGCGGUCGGCUAUGGUGGACGGGUGUGGGUGAUGGAGGAGGAAGAAGGGUUGGGGGGGGUCCGGCUAUGGUGGACGGGUGUGGGUGAUGGAGGAAGGAGAAGGGUUGGGGAGGUCCGACUACGGAGGACGGGUGUGGGUGAUGGAGGAAGGGAAAGGGUUGGGGAGGUCCGACUAUGGAGGAUGGACAUGGGUGAUGGAGGAGGAAGAAGGCUUCGGGAGGUCGGCUAUGGAGGAUGGGUGUGGGUGACGGACGAGGAAGGAGGGUUGGGGGUGGCCGGCUAUGGUGGACGGGUGUGGGUGAUGGAGGAAGGAGAAGGGUUGGGGAGGUCUGGCUAUGGAGGAUGGACGUGGGUGAUGGAGGAGGAAGAAGGGUUGGGGGUGAUUGGCUAUGGUGGACGGGUGUGGGUGAUGGCAGAAGGAGAAGGGUCGGGGAGGUCCGGCUAUGGAGGAUGGACGUGGGUGAUGGAGGAGGAAGAAGGGUUGGGGNGUGGACGGGUGUGGGUGAUGGCAGAAGGAGAAGGGUCGGGGAGGUCCGGCUAUGGAGGAUGGACGUGGGUGAUGGAGGAGGAAGAAGGGUUGGGGAGGUCCGACUAUGGAGGAUGGUCGUGGGUGAUGGAGGAGGAAGAAGGGUUGGGGGUGGUCCGACUAUGGAGGAUGGACGUGGGUGAUGGAGGAGGAAGAAGGGUUGCGGAGGUGGUCGGCUAUGGCAGACGGGUGUGGGUGAUGGAGGAAGGAGAGGGGUUGGGGAGGUCCGGCUAUGGAGGAUGGACGUGGGUGAUGGAGGAGGAAGAAGGGUUGGGGGUGAUCGGCUAUGGUGGACGGGUGUGGUUGAUGGCGGAAGGAGAAGGGUCGGGGAGGUCCGACUAUGGAGGAUGGACGUGGGUGAUGGAGGAGGAAAAAGGGUUGGGGAUGAUCGGCUAUGGUGGGCGGGUGUGGGUGAUGGCGGAAGGAGAGGGGUCGGGGAGGUCCGGCUAUGGAGGAUGGAUGUGGGUGAUGGAGGAGUAAGAAGGGUUAAGGGGUGGUCGGCUAUGGUGGACUGGU